AUGGCUGAUGAACUAGCACGUGUGCAACAAUAUGAGUAUCGCCAAAACUCAAACUUGGUACUACAAGUUGACUAUAACCUUACCGACCGUCGUGGGCGAGAGGAACCCACAGGUGAGGUACUGCCUCUCUCUGAUCGUGUUCUGAAAGGUAUGAAAAUGGGUGAUAAAUACAUGCGAACCAAAGCUCCAAUCCAUGAGCAGAAAAAGAAGAGAAAGAAGAAGGCAGAUGAGGAGGAUUUCCGAAUCAUGUCGAAGUCGGUCAUUGGUGAUAACACAGAACUUAUGGGAAGCUAUAAACCACGAACACAAGAAACUAAGCAGACUUAUGAGGUUAUCUUGGCUUUCAUACAAGAAGCUAUUGGCGAUCAGCCUCGAGACAUUUUGUGUGGUGCCGCGGAUGAAGUGCUCGCGGUAUUGAAAUCAGAGAAGAUCCGUGAAAAGGAGAAGAAAAAGGAGGUGGAACUGCUGCUUGGGCCUCUCACUGAUGAAAGAACUGCUGUGUUAAUAAAUUUAGCAAGAAAAAUCACAGAUUUCUCAAUGGAGGAUGAACACAAAAUGGAAAUGGAUGAGCUGGAUGAAAAUGAAGGCGUAAAUGUACACUUUGAUGAGUCAGAUGAGGAGCAGGAUGCUGUUAUAGAUGAAAUCAAAAAUGUUGAUGAAAGCUCAAGCGAUGACGAAGGCGGAGAAGAAGCAGAGCACAAUGAAACGCUAAAAGGAGGAGGCUUUGACGAGGAGGACCAAGGCACCAAAAAAGAUGCGCUACACCCACGUGAUAUUGACGCUCACUGGAUUCAGCGUUCACUUGCUAAGUUCUUCAACGAUCCCAUUGUUGCGCAACAGAAAGUAACCGAAGUUCUCGGUAUUCUGAAAGAUUCCGUGGACGAUCGAGAAUGUGAAAAUAAACUCGUCCUCUUAUUGGGCUUCGAUCAUUUCGAUUUUAUCCGCAUUCUCCGUCAACACAGACACAUGGUGUUGUACUGUACGUUGUUGAAACAGGCUCAGGAUGAAGAAAAGGCUAAGAUUGAAGAAGAGAUGAAAUCUCGCCCUGAGUUGCAUCACAUUCUAGCUCAGCUUCUUGAGACCGAUGAAGCUGAUAUUGUUGAGACGGAACGCGCCAAACGAGAAAAGACCGCUCAAAGGCGAGCUGCCGCUGCCGCUGGUGAAGAGGCUGUUGCAGCUGGUCAGUGGCUAGCAGGCAGAAAGGUGCUAGACCUAGAUGAUCUGGCAUUCUCGCAGGGUAGCCAUUUGAUGAGUAACAAGAGAUGCGAGCUACCUGACGGAUCUUAUAGAAAACAAAAGAAGAGUUACGAGGAGAUCCACGUUCCUGCUCUCAAACCGAGGCCAUUUGCAGAGGGAGAAAAACUAAUUGAUAUAAGCGAGUUGCCAAAGUGGGCACAACCAGCAUUCGAUGGAUUCAAAUCUCUUAACAGGAUUCAAUCUCGUCUUUGCGAAAGUGCAUUGAACAGUGACGAACAUCUUUUGCUAUGCGCGCCUACAGGAGCCGGAAAAACUAAUGUCGCUCUUCUAACCAUUCUUCAUGAAAUUGGGAAACAUCUUAACGACGAUGGGAGUGUGAAAGUGGAUGAGUUCAAAUGCAUUUACAUUGCACCAAUGAAAUCCCUUGUACAAGAGAUGGUCGGAAAUUUCACAAAGAGAUUGGCUCCUUUCGGAAUUACGGUUGGAGAAAUGACUGGGGAUGCUCAAAUGAGCAAGGAACAGUUCAUGGCCACCCAGGUGAUUGUAUGUACACCUGAAAAAUAUGAUAUCGUGUCCAGAAAAGGAGGAGAGCGUGCGUACAGUCAACUUGUUCGGCUCGUAAUCAUUGAUGAAAUCCAUUUGCUUCAUGAUGAUCGUGGGCCUGUUCUUGAAGCUAUUGUAGUCAGGACUCUGCGACAGGUGGAGCAAACGCAUGAUGAUUGUCGCCUUGUUGGUUUGUCAGCAACCCUUCCUAAUUACCAAGAUGUCGGAACAUUCCUUAGGGUAAAACCCGAGCAUUUGUACUAUUUUGACAACAGCUAUCGACCUGUACCGUUGGAGCAACAAUAUAUCGGUGUCACUGAGAAGAAGGCUCUUAAACGAUUCCAAGCAAUGAAUGAAGUGGUUUAUGAUAAAAUCAUGGAGCACGCUGGUAAAAGCCAGGUUCUUAUAUUUGUGCACUCACGUAAGGAAACGGCAAAAACUGCUAAAGCAAUCCGUGAUGCUUGCCUCGAAAAAGAUACGUUGAGUGCUUUCAUGAGGGAGGGAAGUGCAAGUACGGAGAUCCUUCGAACAGAGGCCGAACAGGUGAAAAACCACGACUUGAAAGAUCUUCUUCCUUAUGGAUUCGCGAUCCAUCACGCUGGUAUGAAUCGGCUUGACCGUACUCUUGUUGAGGAUUUGUUUGCAGAUAAACAUAUACAGGUCCUGUUUUCCACUGCCACAUUGGCAUGGGGUGUCAACCUGCCAGCACACACGGUCAUCAUUAAAGGAACUCAGAUCUACAAUCCAGAAAAGGGAAGAUGGACCGAGCUAGGAGCGCUUGAUGUUAUGCAGAUGCUUGGUCGAGCUGGUCGUCCUCAGUACGAUUCGAAGGGUAAAGGUAUUCUAAUCACAAACCACUCCGAGCUGCAGUUCUAUCUCUCCUUGAUGAAUCAACAACUCCCAGUAGAAAGCCAAAUGAUCGCUCGUCUUCCUGAUAUGCUCAAUGCGGAGGUAGUUUUGGGCACAAUUAGUAGCGUAAGCGAUGCUAUGUCCUGGCUUGGCUACACAUAUCUUUAUAUCCGUAUGUUGAAGUCUCCGACGCUGUAUGGUAUCCCAGCCGACCAAGCGCAAUCUGAUCCUCUUCUGGAGCAGCGGCGUGCAGAUUUGAUCCACACAGCAUGCUUGCAACUUGACAAGGGCAACCUUGUUAAAUAUGACAAGAAGAGUGGACUUGUCCAGGCAACCGAAUUGGGGCGUAUCGCUUCCCACUAUUAUUGUACCUUCGAAUCAAUGCAAACGUAUAAUCAGCUGCUAAAGCCGACUGCUACAGAGAUCGAUCUAUUCCGCAUAUUCUCCCUUUCUAACGAAUUCAAAAAUAUUGCGGUGCGUGAGGAGGAAAAGCUUGAGCUUCAAAAACUCGCAGAACAUGUUCCCAUUCCGAUUAAGGAAAGUUUAGACGAGAGUAGUGCAAAGACAAACGUGCUUCUACAGGCUUACAUAUCGCAGCUGAAGCUCGAUGGAUUUGCAUUACAAUCCGAUAUGGUUUUCAUUGCUCAGUCAGCCGGGCGGUUGUUUCGUGCUCUGUACGAGAUUGUCCUAUGGCGUGGAUGGGCCGCGUUAGCUUUGAAGGUCCUGAGCUUGUGUAAGAUGGUCACCGCCCGCCAGUGGCAGUCUCUGAAUCCAUUACAUCAAUUUAAGAAAAUACCAACAGAGAUAGUUCGUAGUAUUGACAAGAGGAACUACUCCUUUGAGCGUCUUUACGAUCUGGACCAGCAUCAACUCGGAGAACUUAUAAGAAUGCCCAAGAUGGGCAAACCGCUGUACAAGUUCAUUAGACAGUUCCCCAAACUAGAAAUGACAACACUCAUUCAACCCAUCACAAGGACCACCCUACGCAUUGAGCUGACUAUAACGCCGGACUUUCAGUGGGAUGAGAAGGUUCAUGGUAGUGCUGAAGGUUUUUGGAUAUUCGUAGAGGAUGUUGACGGGGAACUUAUUCUUCAUCACGAGUACUUCCUCCUUAAGCAGAAAUUCUGCACCGAGGAACAUGUUGUCAAGAUGUUCGUGCCUGUGUUUGAUCCCCUACCCCCACUCUACUUUGUCCGUGUUGUUUCCGACAGAUGGCUUGGUUCAGAAACGGUCCUUCCAAUUUCUUUCCGUCAUCUUGUUCUUCCCGAAAAGUAUCCUCCUCCAACCGAACUCCUCGAUUUACAACCACUGCCCAUAUCUGCACUAAACAACAAACAUUUCGAAGCAGUUUUCCAGGCAAAGGAAAUAAAGAUUUUCAAUCCAAUACAGACACAAGUUUUUCGAACUGUGUAUGAAAGCAAUGACAACGUGCUAAUUGCUGCUCCCAAUGGUUCUGGGAAGACAGCUUGUGCUGAAUUAGCAAUUCUUCGUCACUUUGACAACAAUCCUGAUGCGAAAUGUGUGUAUGUCACGCCAAUGGAAGAUAUGGCUGCUAAGGUUUACAAUGACUGGCAAGAUCGGCUUGGAAUUGCGCUUGAUCGGACUGUGGUUCUUUUAACUGGUGAGCCAUCGACCGAUCUGAAGUUACUUCAACGUGGAAAGCUCAUUAUAGCCACUCCUGAAAGGUGGGAUAACGUAUCUCGUCGUUGGAAACAACGAAAGAAUGUGCAGGCUGUGAAACUUUUUGUUGUUGAUGACCUACACAUGAUUGGAGGAACUAUUGGGCCCGUUCUGGAGGUAAUAUGUUCUCGAAUGCGUUAUAUGUCCGCCCAACUGGAUACGACUGUUCGUAUAGUCGGUCUCUCGUCUUCUCUGACGAACGCUCGCGAUGUGGGAGCUUGGUUGGGCUGCUCUGCUGCUGCAACGUUCAACUUCCUUCCCAACACACGCCCGGUUCCGCUGGAACUUUACAUCCAAGGUUUCAAUUUAUCUCACACAGCAUCACGUCUUGCGGCAAUGGUUCGUCCAGUAUAUCAGUCAAUCAGUCGUCAUGCUGGAAAGCUCAAUCCAAAACCGGCUCUGGUCUUUGUUCCUGGUCGUCGCCAGUCACGUUCUACUGCCAUUGAUAUGUUGACAAUGGCACAUGCAGAUGGAGCGCCACAGCGAUUUUUGCACAUCAAUGAAAAGGACGAGAUAUUCGUCAAGUUACUGAAUUCUCUUCAGGACCCAACACUCCGGGAAACUCUACUCUGUGGAGUUGGAUUUCUACAUGAAGGCACUCACACUAAGGACUUCCAGAUUGUUGAGAGGCUUUUUAAUAGUGGAGCUAUUCAGGUGUGCAUUGCCCCCCGCACAAUGUGCUAUCAAAUCAAUAUGGCAGCCUAUCUUGUAGUAAUUAUGGAUACUCAGUUUUACAAUGGAAAAUAUCACGUUUACGAAGAUUAUCCCAUCGGAGAUGUUUUGCAUAUGGUUGGUCUUGCUAAUAGACCUGGGAGAGAUCCUGACGCAAAAUGUGUGCUCAUGUGCCAGUCAUCGAAGAAGGACUUCUUUAAAAAGUUCCUUUACGAACCACUACCCGUUGAAUCUCAUCUUGAUCAUUGUCUUCAUGAUCAUUUCAACGCUGAAAUUGUAACGAAAACAAUUGAGAAUAAACAGGAUGCGAUCGAUUACCUGACGUGGACGUUCCUCUACCGUCGCAUGACGCAGAAUCCGAACUACUACAAUCUUCAAGAAAUCUCGCAUCGUCACCUUUCUGAUGCACUUUCUGAGCUCGUCGAGAAUACACUAAAAGACCUGGAAAAUAGCAAAUGCAUUGCUAUCAAAGACGACAUGGACACAAUGCCUCUGAAUCUAGGAAUGAUCGCAGCUUACUAUUACAUCUCUUAUACCACCAUAGAACUGUUCUCCAUGUCGCUGCAAGCAAAGACUAAAUUAAGGGCGUUGAUCGAGAUAAUUGCAAAUGCUAGCGAGUUUGCAUCUAUUCCUAUGCGGCAUCGCGAAGACGUGGUUCUCAAACAGCUUGCUGCACGCCUGCCAGGACAGCUUAAGAAUCAGAAAUUUUCGGAUCCUCAUGUUAAGGUUAAUUUGCUCAUACACGCACAUCUUUCGCGUAUACAACUUUCGGCAGAACUUAGCAAAGAUACGGAUAUGGCUGUACUCAAAGCUAUUCGUCUUGUACAAGCAUGCGUAGAUGUGUUAUCGAGCAAUGGUUGGUUGUCGCCUGCUAUUCAUGCAAUGGAGUUAUCGCAGAUGCUGACACAAGCGAUGUACAGUAAUGAAUCCUACCUGAAGCAGUUACCUCAUUGUAAUAGUGGUCUAUUGGAACGUGCGAAGCAAAAGAAAGUGGAGUCAGUAUUUGAGUUGCUUGAGUUAGAUGACGACGUUCGACGGGAUAUUUUGCGUAUGGAAGACGUACAACUAGCUGAUGUUGCCAAGUUUUGCAACAACUAUCCAUCAAUAGAAGUUGAACAUGAGUUGGAAAGUGAUUCUGUUAAUAUUGGCGACACGCUACUGGUGAACGUAACUAUGGAAAGGGAGAACCAUAUUAACGGUCUGGCACCUCCAGUCGUAGCGCCUUUGUUCCCGCAAAAGCGAAAGGAGGAAGGAUGGUGGCUUGUUGUCGGUGACCCAGCCGCGAAUGCUUUAUACUCCAUUAAAAGGUUAACAAUUAACGAAAAGGCGAAAAUGCAGUUGGAUUUCGUAGCACAGUCCGCAGGUCGAUUUGAGUACAAAUUGUAUUUCAUCUGUGAUUCGUACCUGGGAGCGGAUCAAGAGUUUGACUUUUCAGUGAAAGUCGAAGAUCACAGCCGAAGCAGGAAACGAAGGAGAGAUGACGACUAA